UACCAGUUCAUCUAGCAUCCAUGUGUUCGAUAAGAUGCAAUGCUGAUUCGCAAAUUCAUCGCAACGUUGGAAACCCUGGCUGCCAAGACCGCCCGGUUCCCAUUUCGAGUGGAAACUGUCAUGACGCGGGGAAUUCCGCACAAACAGCCCAUAGCGACGAUACGUAAUCAUGACAAAUUGCUAGCCGUAUAAAACUUGAAGUGAAAUUGAGCGAUGGCUGUAACUUCUUCAACCCUAACCAAACAUGUCAGCGUCAGUGUGCGCUGCGCUCGCCUCCAAAGUCUCGAGUACUCCGGGUACGGCCUUUCUUGGGCCGGGACUCGUAGGCUCGUCCUUUUUCUUUUUUGCAAACAUUGGAGAAUCCUUGAGUGGUUCGCUCCGUACGAUUCUAGAAUCAGAUGGCCGGGACAAAACAGGAUUGAGUGUGUCGAAAGCCGUUGAGCUUUGGGGGUUCGUGCAUGGAAAUGCAGCUCGAUAUUAUCCGCUAAGUGCCACAAUUGCCGCCCUGUCAUUCUUGGCGGCGGGCUUGCUAUCCCCACCAUUAGCCGGGGGGUCCAGUCUUAAACCUCUCCUCUUCACUGCCUCUGCUGCAGCAUUUGCUCCUCAUCCAUGGUCAGCCCUUUUGAUCUGUUCUAUUGAUAGAAGACUCCUCGCUCUACGCGACCGUAUACAGGAAAAGAGCUCAGAGGGACGAAGUCUUAGCGAGGCCGAGGAGAAGGAAGCUGUGGAACUUUUCGACAAGUGGAAGAGAUUGCAUCUGUUCCGGAUCAUUGCAAGCUUUCUCUCUUGGGGGCUUGCGGUAAUCGCUAUCUUCCUCGUCUAGGAGUAUUGUGCAUUCUUCAAUAAGGGUGGGUUACGUGCACUGUGGUUUAGGUCGGCGCCGCCUUCGACUCGAUGACGAGCCUGUGCCGUGCUGGACCUUAAUUACCCGCUCAACAAGUUGCUAUUGAUUGUAUUUUGUAUCUCGAACUUGUAUAUCUAUUUACUUCACUCCAUUUGUUGGGUCACGUCGCCAGUGCCCGAGUCUGACUCGUCCAAGGCUUAGUUGUUGCUCAUCCGCAGCGC